AUGGAAUAUCAUUGUCUGUUGAAAGCAUCAAUUAUAUAUCUCUGUUAUCUCUUGAUGCAAAGAUUGGCUUUUCGAGGGAAUAAUGAGUUUGAAAAUUCAUCAAAUCAAGGAAAUUUUAUUGAAUUAUUAAAAGUUCUAGCUUCAUGUAAUGAAGAAAUUAAUAAUGUUGUAUUGAAGAAUGCUCCUGACAAUCUCAAACUCAUAUCACCUGAUAUUCAAAAAGAUAUCAUUAAUGCAGUUGCAUUUAAAACAACAAAGGCUAUCAUUACAGAUAUGAGAGAUGAUUUGUUCUCUAUUUUAGUUGAUGAAUAUCAAAAUGUAUUAGUUAAAGAGCAAAUGGAAGUUGUCAUACGAUAUGUCAAUAGAUUUGGAUGUGUCAUUGAAAGAUUUAUUGGUGUUUUACAUGUCCGUGAUACAAGUGUUGCAUCACUUAAAAAAGCUAUUGAGUCUUUGUUCUCCUCUUAUGGCUUAAGUAUAUCCAGUUUGAGAGGUCAAGGCUAUGAUGGAGCUAGUAACAUGCGAGGUGAAUUUAAUAGGCUUAAAAGUUUCAUUUUGAAAGAGAAUUCUUGUGCUUAUUAUAUCCAUUGUUUUGCUCAUCAACUCCAACUUACACGUGUUACUGUUACUAAAAGGCAUUUAAGUGUAUGUUCUUUAUUCAAUACUGUUACUCGCUUGUGCAAUGUUAUUGGAGGUUCUUGCAAACAUAGGGAUAUGCUUCGAGAAAAGCAAAUAGAGAAAUUGAUUGAAGGGAUUGCAAAAGGUGAAAUAAAAACUAGACAAGGUUUGAAUCAAGAAUUGGCAUUAGAGAGAUCGGGAGAUACUCGUUGGGGUUCUCAUUAUGGUAUGCAAAUUAAUUUGAUGCAUUUAUUUUCUUCUAUCAUUAAUGUUCUUGAGUAUAUUGGAGAAAAUGGUAGUGAUGAUCCACAAAGGGCUGAAUUGAUUUGCUAA